AUGCCUCCCAUUCGUCGCGCCACGUGGCAAAAGCGAACAGAUGAUGGGACCAUGAAUAUUUCGCAUAAGGGGAAUGCGAAAAAUAUGAAACUGUCUAGGGCGCGUCACGAACUGGACUCCCGUAUAGUGGAGUAUUCGCAUAAGGGGAAUGCGAAAAUUAUGAAACUGGCCAGGGCACGCCACGUGGCGUCAUCUAGCCGGCGCCUCCUACCUCCCCAGCUUUCUCCCCGUUUUUCAGCCAUUGUUCCUGGCGCCUCCUCCACUAGGAUGAGAAAACCUAUGGUCACCCAGGAUACUGGCGGGCCAUCUUCUACCCAGCAUGUGUCUCCUUACCGUCCAGCAUCGCCACACCACCAUCCCUCUCCUCCAUUUGAGCAAAUGCAUUUUGAUUCAGGUUUUAUUAAUCUAGAUCCUAAUGCGGGGGGUUUCUUUGAGACUAGUUACGAGGGUGGUCAUCAUAGUCAGCAUCUAGGCGGUGACCAUAUCCAUAAUGAUCAGGAAGAUGAUCAGGAUCAUGAGGAUAAUCGGGAACAGGAGCAUGAUGAUGAGAGCACCAAUGAUUCUGAUGAUGCUGAGCAUUCCUCUCAUGAUCAUGAUGAGGGUGCUGAUCAGGGACAGGGCCCUACUAAUGGUACCAUGCCUUUUACACCGAUUGCUUUGGGACUGAUUAUGUUAAAUGGAAGCAAGAAAACAUUAUUGUUCCUGAUGGUGUCAGUGCCAACCGUCAACCUGGAAGAGCCUUCUUGGAAACAAUCUCUUCAGAGCGUUUUAUUGAAGCACUUUCUUGUUCAGUGUUCAUUGUAG